UCGCAAGGAUCGUCGCGUAUUUGAAAGGGUCGAACGCGUUACAUUUGUGCUGUCAGAUAACACCCUCUAGUGUUAGGAAGCCCGGCGUUUGAGCGCGUCUCCGCCGGGACCGGACCAUCGUCGGCUGCAUCCAGUCCGGGAUUCGCGCAAUAGACACAGCGGAAUAGUCGGUCGUUCGCGUGUCUUGCCGGUAUAAUCGGUGCUGGCAAAUACCAAAAACUUAACUGGAUUUAAAGAGCCGUGUGAGCAGUGGGCUUCAUUCAGUCCUUUAGUUGCGAGUAAAGUUGUGUGCGGCGUUGAGGUGUCGUAGAUGCGCUCAGCCGUUUAUUCGGCGUGUUUUGUGGAUUAAAGGUAGUUUGCGUUUCUCGGAAUUGCACGCUCUCCAAGACAUAACUUUCCCCCCCCCCACAGCAGCCGCAUUUGCGCUCCGGCGGAGCGGGCGAUGGGUCGCUUUCUCAUACCGCAGCCGGUGAACGCGUUAGUGGCAAAAGAGCGUGUUGAUAGCGGCGAGAAAGGCAGCUGUGCCGUUCUUUAAGACCGGAAGGAUUAACAAAAUCACACAUUUAAGGGAUUACACGUGGAUACAGAUGCGUAUCGUACCCGGAUUGCACUGUCGCCCGGUGCUUUUUUCAGAGAUGACUUUUGGAGUAAAAAUGUGCCUCUUUUUCGCCUUGCCUGUGGUGGUCUUCGCGGACUCCAGUCAUAACAAUCAAGUGGUGCUGUUGGAUACCACAGCAGUACUUGGCGAGCUGGGCUGGAAGACAUAUCCAGUGAAUGGGUGGGACGCCAUUACGGAGAUGGACGAGCACAAUCGGCCCAUCCACACGUUCCAGGUGUGCCACGUGAUGGAGCCCAACCAGAACAACUGGCUGCGCUCCAACUGGAUCUCCCGCGAGGCCGCACAGAAGAUCUACGUGGAGCUGCGCUUUACACUGCGCGACUGCAACAGCAUCCCCUGGGUGUCGGGCACCUGCAAGGAGACCUUCAACCUCUUUUACAUGGAGUCCAAUGACCCGCACAGCACCAGGUUCAGGCCGUCAGAGUACACCAAGAUCGACACCAUCGCGGCUGACGAGAGCUUCACGCAGAUGGACCUGGGCGACCGCAUCCUCAAGCUCAACACGGAAGUGCGGGAGGUGGGACCCAUCACCAGGAAGGGCUUCUACCUGGCCUUCCAAGACAUUGGUGCCUGUAUCGCCUUGGUUUCGGUGCGUGUGUAUCACAAGAAGUGCCCUUUCACCUUCCACAACCUGGCUACAUUCCCAGACACCAUACCUCGCAUGGACUCCUCCUCUUUGGUAGAGGUGAGGGGCACUUGCAUAAGCAACGCGGAGGAGCGGGACACGCCCAAGCUCUACUGCGGAGCUGACGGAGACUGGCUGGUGCCCCUGGGUCGCUGCAUCUGUAGCAUAGGCCACGAGGAGCUGGAUGGAACCUGUCUCCCUUGCGGGCUUGGAUUCUACAAAGCGUUCCCUGGGAACAUCAGGUGCUCCAAGUGUCCUCCGCACAGUUUCAGCCGUGAUGAGGGCUCGUCUCUCUGCCCCUGUGAGAAGGGAUUCUUCAGGGCCCCCAAAGACCCCCCCAGCAUGGCCUGUACUCGCUCCCCCCCCCCCCCACGAAACGUCCUCUUCAACAUCAACGAGACCUCACUGUUCCUGGAGUGGAGCCCACCCAGUGACACCGGCGGCCGCAAGGACCUGACCUACAACGUGGUGUGUAAGAAGUGCGGGCCGGACCCCGGGCGCUGCGAGCUGUGUGGCGGGGAGCUGCGCUUCGUGCCGCACCCCCGCGGCCUCCUCAAUGCCUCCAUCACCGUGCUCGACUUCUCCGCCCACACCAACUACACCUUCGAGAUCGAGUCCCAGAACGGCGUGUCGGAGCUGAGCCCGUCGCCGCGGCCCAUGGCCGCCAUCACCAUCAGCAGCGACCAGGCCGGACCCUCGCUGAUAGGGACAGUCAAGAAGGACUGGGCUUCUCAGAACAGCAUCGCCCUCUCCUGGCAGGAGCUGGAACAGCCCCCGUUAGCUGUGCUGGAUUACGAGAUCAAGUACUAUGAGAAGGAGAACGAACAGUUGAGCUACUCCUCCACACGCUCCAAGGCUCCCAGCGUCAUCAUCACUGGCCUCAAGCCCUCGACCAACUACGUUUUUCUCAUUCGCGCCCGCACCACGGCCGGCUAUACCACCUACAGCCCCAAGUUCGAGUACGAAACAGGAGAGGACACUUCCAACAUGGCUGCCGAUCAGGGUCAGGUGCUGGUCAUCGUCACGGCAGCAGUGGGUAGCUUCACCCUGCUCGUCAUCCUGACCCUCUUCUUCCUCAUCACCGGAAGGUGUCAGUGGUACAUCAAAGCCAAGAUGAGACCUGACGAGAAGCGCAGAGCGCACUAUCAGAACGGACACAUCCCCUUUCCAGGCAUAAAGACGUACAUAGACCCAGACACCUACGAGGACCCCACACAGGCUGUCCAUGAGUUUGCCAAAGAGAUUGAUCCCACCCGCAUUCGGAUUGAGAGAGUAAUCGGAGCAGGUGAGUUCGGAGAGGUCUGCAGCGGGCGCCUCCGCACGCCAGGAAAGAAGGACAUCGCCGUGGCCAUCAAGACCCUGAAGGGCGGCUACAUGGACCAGCAGAGGCGGGACUUCCUGCGGGAGGCCAGCAUCAUGGGCCAGUUUGACCAUCCCAAUAUCAUCCGGCUGGAGGGAGUGGUCACUAAAAGUAGACCUGUUAUGAUUGUAGUAGAAUACAUGGAAAAUGGAUCUUUGGACUCUUUUCUGAGGAAGCACGACGGGCACUUCACGGUGAUCCAGCUGGUGGGCAUGCUGCGCGGCAUCGCCUCGGGCAUGAAGUACCUCUCCGACAUGGGCUACGUCCACCGGGACCUGGCCGCUCGCAACAUCCUGGUCAACAGCAACCUGGUGUGCAAGGUGUCCGACUUCGGGCUGUCGCGGGUGCUGGAGGACGACCCGGAGGCCGCCUACACCACCACGGGUGGAAAAAUACCCAUCCGAUGGACAUCUCCUGAGGCCAUUGCCUACAGGAAGUUCUCAUCUGCCAGUGAUGCAUGGAGCUAUGGCAUCGUCAUGUGGGAAGUGAUGUCCUAUGGGGAGCGGCCGUACUGGGAGAUGUCCAAUCAGGAUGUUAUCCUGUCCAUAGAGGAGGGCUACCGUCUACCUGCGCCUAUGGGCUGCCCUGUAGCUCUGCAUCAACUCAUGCUGCACUGCUGGAAUAAGGAGAGGAGCCUUCGGCCCAAGUUCACCGACGUCGUCAGCUUCCUGGACAAGCUGAUCCGUAACCCCAGCAGCCUGCUCAUGCUGGUGGAAGAUAUCCAAAGUUUCCCGGAAUCCCCCGGAGAUGUCUCCGACUACCCCCUGUUCAUCUCUAUUAGUGAUUGGCUGGACUCAAUUAAAAUGAGCCAAUACAAGAGUUAUUUCUUGGCUGCAGGCUACACUACACUGGACUCUGUCUCAAGAAUGACCAUUGAGGAUGUCAGGCAAAUUGGAGUGACGUUAAUUGGCCACCAGAGACGGAUAGUGAGCAGCAUACAGACAUUACGGCUGCAGCUGCUGCAUGUCCACGACGACGCAUUCCACGUAUGAGGCAGCGCUUGGGUCGAGCCGGGUCGGGCUGCUUCUCCAUGUGGAGAGUCCCGUCUGUCUUUUUCACCCUACAAACUGACAUCCUCUGACUUCCGUGAAAUGAACUCAACAGUCCAGACUGGGCUUGAAUGCAGCUGCAUUAGCCAGACAAGGAACAAUGACCCUCAUAACGUUUGCUGCUCAAAAGGAGAUUGUAUUUCUUGUUGCAACAAGUGUUUGUGUCUGCAGCAACGGCAUUGAUAUUUAGAAUUGUAUGGUAGAUUUGGGGAUGUGAUCUACUACUAUUUUCUAUGUUUUGUGACCCUGUAGCUGCUAUCAAAAAUGCAAAUCAAACUAAUGUAUUCAUUAUUUUAAAGUAGAAAUCAUAAUACAGUGGUACCUCAUUACUCGAACUCAUUAGAACUCGAAUUUCUUAAAAGUCGAACCAACCAGUUCGGAA